AUGAAGUCGAAACCCGCACAUUAUGUGGAUGCGCCGUUUAGGCCAUGGCCGCCGAUGUCCCGCCAAGCGCAGCCCAACUUUUACUUUCGACCUCCGGAUCCCCUGGAAGCGAGGAACUUCAAAACGUCAUCGUCAAAAGGCUCAACCUAUUCAGAUUUCUCCGCCAUGAGUGCUUACAGCAACAAGUCGCGCGAUUACUAUUUUCUAUCGCCCAGCUAUCGAUCUGCAGGUGCGCCAACUCCUGGUAGUUAUGCGGAUUCGUAUAUUAAUCGAGAUCGACCUCGGCAGCUUCGUCACCCUAAUCCUACAUCCCCGGUCGCCUGCCCAUGUAGCCGUACUCGCUCUCUAGAAGACGUUCGUACUGAGGUGGUCACCGAAUGGGAGGACGAUGAUGAAAAUGGAAAUCGUAUUGUGGCGCCCGCAACCAAGUUCAACCGCCCCUCAUACAAACCAAACGCGCCUUUUCAAAAGCAAGGAUUCUUCAACCGACACUCCAUGGAGAACUUAGUCGACAAAUCCCCACAAGUACCACCACCAAAACGGAUUUCAGCUUUACAGGUAUAA